AUGCCUCAAAGACCAUUGUCGAUGCUGUCAACUGCCUCGAGGGUCCGCCGUGGUCUCGACAAUCUGUUUGGCAGAGACACGGAGUAUGGGAAGUGUGUUCCUGUCGAUGGUCAUAUGGAUAUGCACAAUCUUAAGUCUGUUGAACAUGUGGUUCGGUUUGACUUUGAGCACUUGAAUGAUCCCAAGCCUUAUAAUUCUACAAUCUCCCCACCAGUCCUUUUCCGUCCCAUCCUUCUCCGUCCCAUGGAGUCAAGUCAGUUACAGAAGUCCUAUCCUACGAAAUGUCUCUUUGCGAACAUUGAUCAGUUUAUCGGCAAAGUGUCUCCCAAGACCGGUUGUAGUCAGAUAUCUAGCCUUUUCCAUGUCCAUGCGACUCGUAAAGCAAUGCUUCAUCGACCGCUUGAGUUUGUUGGUACCUUUCCCUUGGAAGAGGAUCUCGCAUGUCCUUACGGCAAGGGACGUGAUUGGUGGUAUGUUCCUAGAGCUUUAGAGCCAGAACCAAGACCAGUUGAUGGACAAGCCUAUCCUCACCUCGCUCUUCAUCUCAUUGAUACAAAAAAAGCUCGAGAAGGCUCCAUACUCUUCUUUGGAUUCAGUAUAUUAGUUUUUGCUACGCGAGGCCGCGCCAAUCAACGCAAGGUGAAUUCAGAGAUAGGUAGAGAAUUAGCUCUUUAUCUGAUUAAGAGGUUGUUUGUCAAAGCACUAACUGCUAGACCAAGAAUAAUGAAGCGCAUUUGGCUAGCGAGGCGACUGAGAAAUACGUGUCCCAACAUAGCAUACUUGGGAGAGACAGCGGAAAGUGUGGUGAAGUCAGAUCAUGAUCCUAUUCGGUAA